UUAGUAAGAACGCGGUGGUGAUCUAAACUUUAAUUACCACUAUCUUAAGAACGGGGUGUUGAAAGAGAGUUCGCCAAAAACAUAUUUUUACCAAUUUUUUUACGGAAACGACUAAACGCACUUUCUUGAGAAAGCUAAAAGGUUGAUACUAUCCCAAAAGCGAAUGUCCUUAAAAAAAAAAGCGAAUGUAACUUCUAUUUUAAGGAAGUUUCGUGUUUAUUGCUACAGUGAAUGUCAAAAACAUUUACAAUUGACCCUUGUAUUUAGAUAUACAUGAACUCCUAUCAGCGGUAAUCUACUUAUGAUUCGAUGUUAGUUUAAAUACAACUGUGAGUGACAUAGUACUCCUUCAGAAAUGUCUGACCAACCAACAACAAUAAUCAAAAGUAGACUAUCGUACUUUCAACAAUUUUCGGAGGAUUGGUGGAAGGAAGAUGGCGAGAUGAGACUGUUGCACGGGAAUAACAGAUUACUGGGAUCUUUUAUGCACGAUGAACUGACACGACACGGAUAUCUAACAGAAGGAGAUAAUUGUUUAACAAAAGUGAGGGUUCUAGAUGUGGGAUGUGGAGGAGGUUUCCUCUCCGAAAUAUUGGCUAAAAUGGGAUGUGAAGUAACUGGAAUUGACGUGACGUCCAAUCUUGUUGAGGCAGCAAAAAUUCACGCAUCCUCCGAUCCUCUCACGUCCAAAACGGUCUACAUCACCGAAUCGGUGGAAGAUCACGCGAAGAAUAAUGCCGAAAAGUACGAUGUGGUCGUGUCCAACUUUGUAAUUGAGCACGUCGACGACAAAGAGUACUUUUUGAACUUGUGCAUGCAGUGCGUCAAACCGGGUGGGUUGUUUUUCGUAACGGCCAUUAACAAAACGUUCCUGAGCUGGUUGAUUAUUAUAACUCUUUACAAGAACCUUUUCAAAAUUAUCCACGCGGACAUGCACGAAUGGAGUCAGUUCACUCCCGUCCAAUAUACUCGGCAGAUUAUUCUCAAGAAUAAUUUUGAAAUACUCGACACGCGCGGAUACAGACACAGUUUGCUGUCGUGGAAAUGGUCGUGGUCAUCGAUUUGGGGGGUUGCUUACGUUAUUGAAGCAAGAAAACGGUAGCUUUAAGUAGAACAGUAAAUUUUGGAGAAAUAUUUGAAUGUGUAAUUAAAUAAAAACGGCUUAAUAAAUCAAGAAAUUAUA